AGCCUUUGCUCUCUCUCUCUCUCCAUCAAAAGGUAAUCUACAGUUUACACCUCUCUCUCUCUCACUGAGUUACCAGAAUCUCUUGUUCAAUCAGAGAUGUAGACGCAUGGGCCCAGCCUCCCUCCACCAAACGACACCUCACUCUCACUAAACCUUCUUUCUCUCUCUCUCCUCACUCUAGCAAUUCUGUCUUCUUACUCAAAAACCAUCCACCACCCACCGCCUACUCUUCUUCCUAUCUCCUUUUCCUCCCCCACCUUCCCCUAGUCUUACUAUUCUUCUCUUUGUAUAUUCCUACUUUCCACUUCAAUCUCUGCUUUGAGGCCGAAUUCUAAUCCUGAACCUCUGCCCAUCUCUUCUGAAUCAUCGCCAUGACAAAGCUGAUUGUGGAGGUUCUGAACGCCAGCGACCUCAUGCCCAAAGAUGGGCAAGGAUCGGCCAGUCCCUUCGUUGAAGUAGACUUUGAUGAUCAGCGCCACCGCACUCAGACCAAGACCAAAGACCUCAGUCCGGCCUGGAAUGAGAAGCUUGUCUUCAAUGUAUCAGACCCAAAUGAUCUUCCCAACAAGAUCAUUGAUGUCAUCGUAUACAACGACCGGAAAGGUGGUGGUCAUCACAAGAAUUUCCUCGGCCGAGUAAGGAUUUCCGGCGUCUCUGUACCUUACACCGAGUCUGAAGCCACCAUCCAACGCUACCCUCUUGACAAAAGAGGCAUCUUCUCCAAUAUACGCGGUGACAUCGCUCUCAAACUCUAUGCUGCUCAUGACUCACCAUACUCUGCACCUCCACAAUCCAAUGCCGCCGGUGUUGUGGAGCCUCCUCCUCUGCAGGAACUCAACACAAACAAGCUCGAAGAAGACAGCAAGGGCAAUGAAAAGAAGAAGAAAAAGAAGGAAAAGGAAGUCAGAACUUUUUACUCAAUUGGGACUGCAACUGGCGGUGCUCCCCCUCCCGGUCCUGCUCCUGCUCCAAUGCCUGGUCCGACGCCAUUGUUCUCUGGCUUUGCGUUUGAGUCCCAACCACCCAAGGACAAGCCGGUCACAGUAGAAAUGAGCAGUGCUUAUGCCCGUGCCGGUCCACCUACCGCCAUGAAUAUGCAGGUCCUGAGACAACAUCCAGAAUUCGGGCUGGUGGAGACAAGCCCGUCGGUGGCAGCCCGUAUGGGGUACAGGGGUGGCGACAAGACUGCAAGCACCUACGAUCUCGUCGAGCAGAUGCAUUACUUGUAUGUAAAUGUCGUCAAAGCAAAGGACCUUCCAGCCAUGGACGUAACAGGGAGCCUCGACCCGUACGUGGAAGUGAAGCUGGGCAACUACAAAGGGUCCACAAAACACUUCGAGAAGAACCAGAAUCCGGUAUGGAGGCAAAUCUUUGCUUUCUCCAAGGACAAAUUUCAGGCAAACAUGCUGGAGAUUGUGGUGAAGGACAAGGACAUAGGCAAGGAUGACUUUGUGGGUCGAGUCGCCUUCGAUCUUACAGAGGUUCCGCUGCGAGUCCCGCCGGACAGCCCAUUGGCACCGCAGUGGUACAGAUUGGAGGACAAGAAAGGCGAGAAGGUGAAGGGGGAGAUCAUGCUGGCAGUGUGGGUGGGCACCCAAGCCGACGAGUGCUUUUCCGAGGCGUGGCACUCUGAUGCUCACUCCAUUAAUCCUGAGAAGCUUGCCAACACUCGAUCACAGGUCUACUUCUCUCCCAAACUCUUCUAUCUCCGACUGCUUGUUCUUGAAGCUCAGGACCUUGUCCCCUCCGACAAAGGCCGAGCUCCUGACACGUACGUCAAGGUACAACUGGGGAACCAGCUCAGGAUGAGUCGUACUUCCCAAAUGCGUUCUGUCAAUCCAAUCUGGAAUGAAGAGCUCAUGUUUGUGGCAUCCGAGCCAUUGGAUGAGCUCUUAGUCAUCACCGUCGAGGACAGAGUCGGGCCUGGUAAGGAUGAAAUCCUGGGAAGGAUGGCACUGCCCGUUUCAGUUGCCCCACCACGACUUGAUCCCCAAAAGUUCCCCAACCCUCGCUGGUUCAACCUUGAGAAACCAUCAUCAAGUGAAGAAGCUGCUGCAGAGGGUGAGAAGAAGAAAGAGGUCAAAUUCUCUAGCAAGAUUCAUAUCCGACUCUGUUUAGAUACAGGAUACCAUGUCCUCGAUGAGUCCACACAUUACAGCAGUGAUCUGCAGCCAUCUUCCAAGCACCUCAGGAAACCCAGUAUUGGAAUUCUAGAGCUGGGAAUUCUGAGUGCCAGAAAUCUGCUACCCAUGAAGACCAAAAGCGGCAGAACAACCGAUGCAUACUGCGUUGCCAAGUAUGGGAAUAAGUGGAUUCGAACACGAACCCAACUCAACAGUCUGGCGCCUCGAUGGAAUGAGCAGUACACUUGGGAGGUACACGACCCCUGCACUGUAAUCACCAUUGGCGUUUUUGAUAACUGUCAAAUUAAUGGAGGCAGUGACGCCAAGGACCAGAGAAUCGGAAAGGUAAGAAUCCGGCUAUCGACAUUGGAGACUGAUCGCAUAUACACCCAUUUCUACCCAUUGCUGGCCCUCCAGACCAGUGGUCUGAAGAAGACGGGAGAGCUCCAAUUAGCAGUGCGCUUCACAUGCACAGCCUGGGUGAACAUGAUCACCCUCUAUUCCAAGCCAUUGCUUCCCAAGAUGCACUACGUCCAGCCAAUUCCAGUCCGGCAUGUAGACAUGCUUCGCUUCCAGGCAAUGCAGAUAGUGGCGUCUAGACUUGCUCGCGCCGAGCCACCGCUGCGGAGGGAGGUUGUUGAAUACAUGCUUGAUGUGGAUUCCCACAUGUGGAGCCUCAGGAGAAGCAAGGCCAACUUCCACCGCAUAAUGUCGCUUCUCACUAUAAUCACGGCUGUGUUCAGAUGGUUUGAUGAUAUCUGCAACUGGAGGAACCCAGUGACGUCCUGCCUGGUGCAUGUGCUCUUCUUCAUACUGGUUUGCUACCCAGAACUGAUCCUACCCACGGUGUUUCUCUACCUCUUUGUGAUUGGUAUAUGGAACUACAGGUUUAGGCCAAGGCACCCACCUUACAUGGACACAAAGUUGUCACAGGCAGACAUGGCCCAUCCGGAUGAGCUAGACGAAGAAUUUGACACCUUCCCAACUUCACGGCCACCGGACAUUGUGAGGAUGAGGUAUGAUAGGUUGCGUAGCGUGGCAGGAAAGGUGCAGACGGUGGCUGGGGACCUGGCAACACAGGGGGAAAGGAUUCAAGGCAUACUAAGUUGGCGUGAUCCAAGGGCCACUGCUAUUUUCAUCUUCUUCUCUUUGAUGCUGGCCGUGUUUCUGUAUGUGACACCGUUUCAGGUGGUAGCAGUGCUGGUGGGGCUUUAUCUCUUACGGCAUCCCAGGUUCAGGAACAGGAUGCCUUCAGUACCAUUCAAUUUCUUCAAAAGAUUGCCUGCCAAAGCAGACAUGCUUCUUUGAGAGUGUGAGACUAUUUUGUCCAGACCAUGUUAUUUAUUAGUUAUGUAUCAAACAUUGGCUGUACGCCUGUACCCACCAUUAUCUACUCAAGUGUAAGAAAGAAUGUGAAUCCCAACUAGCACCAGCACCAGACAACGGAACAAACAAAUAGGCCUUAAUAAACUCCCCCACCCACCAAAGAAUCUCUUUUCCUGUACAUAUACACGCAUAUUUUAUA